AUGAUGCUUUGUAUUGUUACAUUGCACUUUCUGUAUGCGCGGGUGCCUAAAGCCUUGGCGCCGUGCGCGCUGGCGCCUAAUGCGCUGACGCCUUGCGCGCUGGCGCCUAACGCACUGGCGCCUAUCGCGCUGGCGUCUUGCACGCUGGCGUCUUGCGCGCUGGCGCCUUGCGCGCUGGCGCUUAACGCGCUGGCGCCGUGCGCGCUGGCGCCGUGCGCGCUGGCGCCGUGCGCGCUGGCGCCGUGCGCGCUGGCGCCGUGCGCGCUGGCGCCGUGCGCGCUGGCGCCGUGCGCGCUGGCGCCGUGCGCGCUGGCGCCGUGCGCGCUGGCGCCGUGCGCGCUGGCGCCGUGCGCGCUGGCGCCGUGCGCGCUGGCGCCGUGCGCGCUGGCGCCGUGCGCGCUGGCGCCUUGCGCGCUGGCGCUGUGCGCGCUGGCGCAGUGCGCGCUGGCGCCGUGCGGGCUGGCGCCGUGCGCGCUGGCACCGUGCGCGCUGGCGCCUUGCGCGCUGGCGCCUUGCGCGCUGACGCCUAGUGCGCUGGUGACUUGCGCCUUGGCGCCUAACGCGCUGGCGGUUAGCGCUCUGGCGCCAGGGGGCCGCGUGAGAGGCCAUGUGAGAGAGCGUGUGAAAGUGCGCGUGUUAGUGAGUGUGAGAGUGCGCACGUGA